AUGGCUGCCCAUACUGGAGUUGAUUCAGGUUUCAAGUUCCAUCCUAAUUGUCUGAAGAUGAAGCUUACUCAUCUGUGUUUUGCAGAUGAUUUGCUUAUUUUUUCUGAAGCUAGUGUGAGUUCCGUAAAGGUCAUUAAAGCUGCUUUAGUUGAGUUUGAGGAGCUGUCUGGCUUGAAGGCAAACCCUUCAAAGAGCUCCUUUUAUUGUUCUGGAAUUUCAGAUAGGGUCAAGAACAAGUUAUUGACUGAUUUGCAGAUGAAGGAGGGUAAUCUUCCAGUGAGAUAUCUUGGUGUCCCCCUGAUUUCUUCUAGACUUUCUUCUGCAGAUUGUGGAGUGCUUUUGGAUAGAAUUACUGAUCUCAUUGACUCUUGGUUAUCAAGGAAACUCUCUUAUAAGUUUAAUAGAUUUUUGUGGAAUGGGAAAGAUGUUGAGGCUGCAAAGGCUAAAGUGGCUUGGUCAGAAGUUUGUUUCCCCAAAAAGGAGGGUGGUUUGGGUUUGAAGAGGCUUGAACUACUCAAUUUAAGGGAUAUUGCUAAAAAGUUUUUGAGGUUUGAGGUUGGAAAUAGGGAGAAUAUUUACCUCUGGUUGGAUCUUUGGCAUCCUGCUGAAAUCUUAAUUGAGAAAUAUGGCUAUAGAGCUGUUUAUGAUGCUCAAAGUAGGGAGGAGGCCAAACUUUCUUCUGUUAUCCACAAUGGAAGUUGGUUUUGGAAGCCUGCUAGAUCUGAUGAUUUAGUGGACAUACAAGCUAGUCUUUUAGAAAUCAGUUUGUGGCCUAUUGAUAAGCCUAUUUGGACUGCUUCUAGGAAAGGUGUUUUUGUUAGUUCAGAUACUUGGGAGGCUCUUAGGGAGAAAAAGGAGCAGAUUACUUGGUGGAAGUUGGUUUGGUUCCCCUUUGCUAUUCCUAAGCAUGAUUUCAUUUUGUGGCUUGCUAUGAAAGGAAGGCUGGUUACGGGAGAUAGAUUGUUGACUUGGGGUUAUAAUGGAGAUGUCAAUUGUGUUUUCUGCAGGAACCAGUUAGAAAGCCGUGAUCAUCUCUUUUUUGAAUGCAGUUUCAGCUAUAGACUUUGGAAGUUCUGUAUGUUUAGAUGCAGAGUGGAUAAUGUUCCUAUAGUGUGGGAGGAUAUCUUGCAAUUGGGAUUGAAUGAUUGGGGCUGCAAGUCUCUCAAAGCUAUGCUCUGCAGAUUAGUUUUGGGAUCUGUAGUUUAUAAUAUAUGGUGCACUCGAAAUGAGAUCAAACAUGCAGGUCAUCCAAAAACAGAGGAGCAAUUGCUGAAGAAAAUUUUGUGGGAAAUCCGAACCAGAGUAGUUGGGAAAGGAAGGUUUCCAAAAAAUAAGGAGAACCUUGUGUUUUGCUCUUUGUGGAAUCUUUCUGCAGAAGUGCUUUGCUGA